UUGGGUCUUCCAAACUAGAACCAGACACAUUUAGAAGCUCCUAAAAAGUACAAACCCUAAUUUCUCUCCCCUAAAUUAUUAAGAUCACAAAUUCUUUAAAUUUCAACGGAGAAAACCAUUGAUCUACUUUCUUGUCACUGUAAAUGUGUACUAAUCACUGUUAAUUUCUCAUUAUUUCGAUGAAGAAAUGUUCAAGUUAGAUUUAGUUUCAGUGCUCUCAAGAAAAGGUCACAACUAUAUCAUUAUUGUGAAGAUUUAAGUCUGGGUUUCUGUUUGUGGGUUUUUGGAAGUGAUUCGAGUGGGGUUUUUAAGAAUUUGUAAAAUUACUAUAUAAAGGUUGGUACCUUUUGUAUUUAAGCUAAAAAUUAAGGAACUUCUUAACAUUUUUUGGUUAAAAGUGUUUGGAAUUUGUGUAUAUAAUUUGGUAAGGAAUGUAACUGUAACUAGACUUUGAUCUUAUUUGAGGUAUAGUGAGGGGAUAAAUUAUGUCUUUCAAAAGCAUACUUCAGGAAAUGAAAGGGGAAUUUGGUAGUAUAUCAAGAAAAGGGUUUGAUUUAGGUUAUGGGUUUAGAUCAAGAUCACAUAGAGUAGUACAAGAAGAUUUGGAAUUAUUAAGAGGACUUGAUGCUUUGAAACAAAGUUGUUGGGCUAAUAUGCCCCCAGAGCUCUUAAGAGAUGUGUUAAUGAGGAUUGAAGAAGCUGAUAGUAUGUGGCCAUCACGAAAAAAUGUUGUUGCUUGUGCUGGAGUUUGUAGAAGUUGGAGAGAAGUUACUAAAGAGAUUGUUAAUACACCUGAAAUGUCUGGCAAAUUAACAUUCCCCAUUUCGUUGAAACAGCCAGGCCCAAAGGAUACCCUGAUCCAGUGUUUCAUAACACGGAACCGCAACACACAGGCAUAUCAUCUUUACCUCAGUUUAACUCAAGCAUUAAGUGACAACGGGAAGUUCCUUCUUGCUGCUCGCAAGUUUCGAAGGCCCACAUGCACAGACUAUGUCAUCUCUAUAAACGCAGAUGACAUGUCAAAGGGAAGUGGAACAUGCAUUGGGAAAUUGAGGUCAAACUUUCUAGGUACCAAGUUUACCGUCUAUGAUUCCCAGCCACCUCAUGGUGGAGCCGCAAUCUCCAGAAGUCGUUCCACAAGGCUAGUGGGUUUGAAACAAGUCUCUCCUAAGGUGCCUGCUGGCAACUACCCAGUAGCACACAUUCAAUAUGAGUUGAAUGUUUUGGGUUCUCGGGGUCCGAGGAGAAUGCAAUGUGUCUUGGAUGCAAUCCCUGGUUAUGCAGAUGGAGCAGGAGUAGCUCCAGAACAGACUGAAUUACCUAGUAGCAGUCAAGAUUCAUUUCCUUCACUCCCAUUCUUCCGUUCAAAAUCAACCCGCACAGAGAGUUUCCGUUUUAGAUCUUUAUCCACACGCAAGGAAGGAACUCUAGUACUAAGAAACAAGGCUCCAAGGUGGCAUGAGCAGCUCCAGUGUUGGUGUCUUAACUUCCGUGGACGAGUUACAGUUGCUUCAGUUAAGAAUUUUCAGCUUGUAGCUUCGCCUGAAGGUGAACCUGCUGGUCCAGAACAUGAGAAGGUCCUCCUACAGUUCGGGAAAGUAGGAAAGGAUUUGUUUACUAUGGAUUUUCAACAUCCAAUCUCAGCGUUCCAGGCUUUUGCUAUCUGCCUCAGCAGCUUCGACACCAAAAUUGCUUGUGAAUAACAAAAAGCAGGAAAUAUUUGGACUAGACUACAUCAAGGGCAAGUGAUAAAUUUCUGCAUCAUGGGGGUUCAGAAGCUCAACAUUGUUUUUGAUAAAUGUAGUGAAGAAAUUACUUCAAUGCACCAUCCUGCUCAGGUUAGUGAUGUAUUAAGGUGAACAGAGACAAAUAUGUUAACAAUUUUUUUAUGGCCACCCCCAAAGUGUUCGGCUGCCUUCUGAUUUCACCCAAUUAUUAUCAUCUUGCGUGACCACAAACAACAUUAUUGGUUAUGUGCCUCCAAUCAAAAUAUCCUUUUGCUC